AUGAAUGAAUCUUCAUUUAUCAAAGCUGCGUUUCAAUUCCCAGAGUUCAGGUGUCAACAAGGCGGCAGGAUGAUGGAGUGUCUUUGCCCCGCGCCGCGCACGCUCGCAUGUCGCGUGGUAUUGCUCGAUGAGAGAGAAUUGUUGCAUGAAAUGCAGGAUAACAGUACAGGCCAAGCGCUACUCGACGUGGUAUUCAGACACUUAGAUCUUCUAGAGACGGCUUACUUUGGUCUGCGCUAUGUAGACCAAGAUAACCAGACGCACUGGCUCGACGCCGGCAAGCGAUUACGGCGCCAACUUCGUGGCUCGGAUACGCACACAUUCUACUUCGGAGUGAAAUUUUAUGCCUCCGACCCAUGCAAACUGUUAGAAGAGAUAACGAGGUACCAGAUAUUUCUGCAACUAAAACAAGAUGUUUUGAGAGGUCGAUUGCCUGUCAACUUUGACCUAGCUGCUGAGCUCGCCGCCUUCGUGCUACAAUCGGAACUUGGUGAUUAUGAUCCACGAAGGCAUAUGCCUGGUUAUGUGUCUGAAUUUCGGCUGCUGGUCCAUCAAACCCCUGAAUUAGAAUCUAGAGCAGCAGAUAUACAUCGAACUCUUACAGGUAUAUCGCCAGCACAAGCGGAGCUGAGCUACUUAGACAAAGUAAAAUGGCUAGACAUGUACGGUGUCGAUCUCCAUCCAGUUUUGGGUGAAGACAGUGUGGAGUACUUCUUGGGACUAGCGCCAAGUGGCCUGUUGCUCUUACGUGGAAAACAUACAGUCGCUACCUAUUAUUGGCCGCGUGUCUCGAAGCUUUAUUAUAAAGGACGAUAUUUUAUGAUUCGUGUGGCAGAUAAGAAUAACGACACGUCUACUUAUGGCUUUGAGUCACCGACGAGAGCCGCUUGUAGACAUUUGUGGCGAUGUUGCUCCGAUCAUCACACGUUCUUUAGAUUACAGCAAACCUCACCCGCCUCGGCGGACAUAUUUGCUUUAGGUUCAAGACUGAGAAAUAGUGGCCGCGGCACGCGACCGCGUCCGCCUCCUGCAUUUACUCGCACUCCCUCGCGACGCAACGCCCGACCACAUACAUCCUAUUCCUCGUUACAUGAUGUGCCAAAGUUAGAAGAUUUGAGAAUAAAAGACUGCCCCCCUGAAAUUAAACAACCUACCUCAGUACACCGGCCUAAUUCGAUAAGUGGUGAAAUGAGUCCAAUUGAGCAUCACGGUCCGGGAGGGUCGCCGCGCUCUACCCGCUCCGCGCCCACUCGCCGCGGCCUCUACUCCGCGUCGCCCACAGCCAACCGGCCACCGCCAGUACCUAGACACCGUUCCGCUUCGGUCGACUCACAAAGCUCAAACGAUUCAAGGUCUAAUCGAAAGCACAGGCAUCGCUCCAGGCGACAGCAGUCGGAUGCCGAGAGCGAACUAUCGCGUGGCUCAGGUCGUUCCGGACGUCGCCAUCGACGACACCGUUCACGACACAAGCAUGAGUCCGGCUCGGAAAGAGAUGACUCACAACCAGACACCAAGGAGUAUGAGCUGGUCGAGUCAGAGUCUCAGUGGAAGGAAGUACUGAGGCAGACCGCCGGCGGGAACGUUCAAGUAGCAAAUGUUCGUCGUUCUCAAAUGGAACCCGACACAGGAACCCAUCGAUCGUCUCACAGACCGCGAAGACACAAGAAGCAUAGGUCAAGGUCUCGUUCACCCAAUGAAAAGAAGUGGCUACCCAAUGAAUUGAAGCAACACCUCGAAUUCUCUCUAGUCGACACUACAGGAAUGACUGAGGAACAGCUCAAGGAAAUACCGUACACAGUUGUACAGACUAGCCACGCCAGGCACACUAAGCUUCGGACAUCUUCAAAACAUAAACAGGGUGAUCACGGAUCACUUGCGAGACGAGAGAAGAGCUCGCACAAGAGUGACCACGACAACAAUCAAGGAUCUCUCAGAUCGAGCUCGAGCACUCUCAGCACGCACCGGCCCAACGAGAACCAUGGAAGGCGUAUUUACCCGAGUUACGAUGAACCUGUGGGACGACCGGGCGAAGAUUUUUUAAUCAACAAUGGGUAUAAAGGCAGCACUACACCUGUACACAACAACAACCCUUACAGUCCCGUAACAAAUAGCAACAGCAAUAGUUCUAGUGGAGAGCUCAUAUCGGGAAGCGCGAGGGUAUCUCAUGAACAUACAGAUUCUGGCCUCGGUGCCGAUCAAGAUUAUGCAUAUUCUUCUGAAAGGUCGAGCGACAGUGCUAAGUGUGGUGCGGGUGGUUCUCAGGCACCAGUGAGUAGGCAGUGGAGGGGGUGCGGAGGGGUCGCGGGUGGUGUGGGGGGGCGCGGGGGGCGCGGUGACGCGGCGGCCGCCGGCGGCGCCGGGGCGCGCGCGCCUCACCGCUUCCGGCUCGCAAAGAUCACUGCUAGACAUGCUAGCAACAACAACAUAGUGGUCGGCGAGAGCGGCUCGUUGGCACGGCGCUACGCCCGGCCGUCGCGGGAGUUGCGAGACUACAACGCUAAUGUGGCGCGCACACACGCGCACGCGCGCCUCGCGCACGCGCACGCGCACAUGCGACACGACAACACUCUCGACAUUAUUCUUAAACCUCUCAUAGAAAGCACACAGUUACAGAGCAAC